AUUCCCAGAAGACUGGCCUGUCCCAAUCGGUGCCGAUGUUCUGAUCCGAGCUUCAGCUUGAGGCUGGCUUGGACAAUACCAUGCUUAUGAAUCUACACUAUGACUACCGUAUAUUUGACCGGUAGUACAGUAGUGUAGGUCCCAACGAGCUGGUGCCCCUGUCCUCCCCCUUUCCACGCCUCGUCCCCUCGCGUAUCAGUGGACGCAAUUAACGUUACUCACCGGGUUCCAGCCCCUAGGAUUCUUUCCCGAAGAGGCUUCUCCAGCCCAAAGCUCACCGCCCAGAGCCAUGAGGCGACAGGGGGUUGAGCGCCGGACUGGUGGGGCUCUAAUAUCACUUCCCGAUCGCUCUGGGACGGGUACUGUUGCCCCUGCGAGGAAACAGGUAUGGGAAACAGUGACGCGGCCCAGUGCAGUUAUGUUCGCAGCCCUCAGUCCGUCCCAGAACGCUUGUCCGGGACGCCCCGCGAGUGCCAACCGCAAACCCGAGAAGAUGCCUAGAAGCUGCGUCUCGGCAGUACGGAUAAGUGGGAGCACCGCCUUCUGUAGUACACUUCCGCCGGGGACUGAGAGAGCCCGUGUGUUUUCGAAUGGGGACGCACAACGACGCAUUUCACUUCGUCCGGAUCCGUCGCCACCACUACCCCAUUGGCAAAGCGUCAAACCUGUCAAAGCUGUCAAACCUCGUCUCCCUCACGGCAGAUACCGCACUCUGGUAGUCUGUUUGAUGAUGGCCGUCGGCGUCCAUCGCUGCUAUACCCGUUGCCGACCUGGUUAUGCAGUCUGCUAGCCGAUUUAGUGUACCGUCGAGCCUAGCGAGGUGUCCUUGGGUCCUCUAAUCUCGCCUUCCCUGAUUCGUGUGUUUCCCGGGCUGUCCAAUCUGCGUUGUCCAUCAUCUUCCGGUAUCACCGCAGCAGCUACAGGCCUCUUGACCUUAGGGCCAAGCUGCCUGAGUUUCGUCCAAAGGCACCACAAGGC